UUUGAAAUAAAAAUUCUUUACUUCAAUUUUUGAUUCGCCCGUACGAUCUGAUUUUAGGUGUUCCGUAACAACCUUAAUAUAUAAUAACAAGAAACAUAAAUUUUGUGUCAUUGUUGUUGUUUUGGGCAUUGCAUUAGAGUCGGCUUACAAUACAAACUAAUUUUUAGAAAAUAAUUGUACUGCAAGUUAUAUUUAUAUCAUAUUUAUAAAUUACUUCAUUUUUGUUUCUAAGUUUAAAAUAAGGUGACUUUUUUUAUUUUGUUUAAACCAUCAAUAAGGAAAUUCUACAUACAAAAGAUAGAAAAAUUGUUUAGUAAUGAAAUAUUUUGGUUUGUUUGUUAUGGAUCUUCUAUAAAAUAAUGAUUGUUUGAGAACCAAAGAGAAAAAUUGUAUAGCUAAUAGUUACUGACAAAUUGAGAUUCUGUAAAUUAGAUGAUAAAAUACUUCUUGUGCUAUGGAAAAAAAUCUUGAAUUUAUUUUUUUAAAUAAAUUCAUUUUGUAAUAACUCAUUAUGACAUUUUAAAGAUUGAUCAAGAGUUUACUCCAGGAUCUGUGACUCUGUUUUCUUAAUCUCAUUCAUAUCGACAUCUUUUAAUAUUUAUUAGUAAGAUGUCACGUGACCAUGACAAAAGAAGGAAACGGAGCAGUAGUAAAUGUAAUAAGUUACGUAUGGAUUCAAAUAUAUCAAGUCUGUUGAAGCCUCAAGGAGAAGAUACAAUAAAACGUAAAGAAAUAGAUUCUGUUAUGCGCAAAGCAAGAGAAUUUCAAACUAAUUAUUGGAAUAAAAAACUUUUGGAAGUGGAAGCCAGAGAUCCAAACAGAUGGCGUCAUAGUGGUUACAAAGAAAUGUACAUAGGAGAGUGUUCAAUUAGACAUUCAAAAAAUUAUCUUCGUAGUCCAAGACAUCAAAUUUCUAGAUCACGUAGUCCAAAACCUCGCUAUCCAAAAAGUCCUAGAAGUCCAAAACUGCGCAAUUCUCAUUUAUCACAAUCUCGAAAUUUACACAGUAAAUGCCUAAAGCAACGAAUCAGAAGUUCACAGAGUCCGCAAAUUAAUUGUCCAGUUAUUAGAAGAUCACAAACACCUAGAUUGUGCAGUCCAAAAAUUCAAAAAUCUAGAUCACAUUCUCCGGAUUUUUCUCCAUUAAGAACUUUUAAAGAACAAAGCAUGUUAACAAAAAUUGUAGAUAGUCCAAGUUCUGGAAGUACGUGCUCAGACCAAUCUUGUUCUGUUUGUUCGUCUAAAGUCUGCAGAUCAAUGGUAGAUACUUCCAAUUCAAAAUCAAAAUCUCCUUCUCCAAUUAAAGGUCAUGUUGUUUUAAAAGAAGCUGUUUUUAGUAGAUCUGUAUCAAAAAAACACAAUAGAAUCAAUUCAUCUUCCACACCUCGAGUAUAUAGUUCACAAACAACUCUGCCUCUUCAAUGUCGUUCCAAAGAACAUGAAAAGAUCUCUAAAGAUUUGAAAACAAGAAAAAAGCAAAAACUUGGUAAAUCACCUGAUGAUCCUCGAAUAUCACAAAUGAUGCACAAACGAAUCAAAGUUGAAAAUACACAUUCAGAUAAGUCCGUAGUUCAAGCAAACAUAGAAUCUUCAGCUAGUGAUGACAGUGACAGUUCUUCCGCUACCUCUCAUCAUCCACCCCCAAGAAUGACACUAUCAGAAAGGUUUGGAAAGAUGGCCCAAUGGAGUGUAGAUCGUCGAGACAUGGAAAACAUGCGAAUUACAAAAGUCGGAAAUAGUACAAUGAAAGUUGUCGUUGAAGGAGAAGAGAGGAUAACUCGAUUAGGUUACGAUUCUCCGCCCCCUGGUCAUUAUCCAGAAGCUUUGUUAACACAAGGUCCAAGAGGGCUCGAUAGCUGGGAUGAUGUCCAUGUGAGAUAUGAUUACUACAAAUCUAGAGGUUAUUUAAGAGAUCUUACUUUGGAUGACUACAUUAAAUGGGAAGAAUGGUGGUAUAAAUACCAAGAAUGGUUAGAAGCAGAACGCUAUUAUGAACAGUGGGCUGUACAAUCAGCAAGUCGAUCUUCCUCUGGAAGCGGUAGAAAAAGACGUCGCAGAAAUAAUACAACUCAUUAAAAAUAAUUUAGAUUCAUAAGUUUGAUUAUGAUUGCUUAUAUUAAUUAAUUGAAAUAGUUCUAUUAAAAGACAUUAAAUUACCACAACUUAUUAUGUAUAGAAAAUAUUCAAUUUUUCAAGUUAUACAAUAACUAGACUUUUUAAUACUUCAAUUAAGUCUUCGUAAAUGUUGUUUCAAAUUUUUCUAUUUCGUGACAGACAUCGAACCGAAAAGCUAUAUGCUAUAUAUUAAUUACAUACAACACACACACACACAACAUAAGUUCAAUUGGCACAGCUACUUUUUUUUAUCAGAAAAUAUCUUUGACAAAAUAUCCUGGCUAUUACAUAUAUAUUCAUACGUAUUUACAUACGCAUAUCCAUAUCACAAUCAAAUUAUACUUAAAUAGCCGUAUACAUAAGUUGUGCCUUAUCAGGGAACAUUUAUUUAUUCAGACGCAUUUAUUACACUCCUCUGCACUUUCUUUAGCCCCCCUAAACUAAAUAUUAGAAGAUGUUUAAAGUUUUUCCUCUCAACGAAAAAUAGUUGCAGCUUAAAAGAACUCAACGAGGUUUGAAAGCUCGUUAAAAAAGCUUUAAAAUAAACUUUAAAAUAAACUAAGUAUGAUAAGAAAAAGUUAAAAAAUGAAAUUUUUUAUAUAGAUAUAAAAAAUGAAAUAUGAAAUAUUUAUUUUUCUUUCGUCACACGUAGUCAG